AUGAAACGCUUUGCAUUUGACUCACCGAUCUUCUACGAUGGCCUUUCUGACCGCAUCAUCCAAUACUACUCGUCAGACAUGCCACCUAGUGGAAUCCCCGAAGGAAAUUCCGAUCCCUCGAGGUACGAAGCGGAUGUGCCAACGACGUUGCGACAACAGCAACCGAUAUGGCAAUCUGUCGACCCCAUUUUGUUUAGCUCUUCGCCCAAGAUCGUGAAUCCACCACCAGAUUCUGGGUUGCGUAUCCCACAUUUUGCUUCGCAAUACAACAGCACCCCCUUUAGUGUGAUGCAUCGCGCGGUGCCUAUACAACAAGAGCAGACAAUCAGGCAGCGAGAAACACCUCAUCAACCAAAGGAGCAAGGAAACAGUUUUGGACUCCAGACCACUUCACCACCCCAGAUCCCGACGUAUGACCAUGCAAUGUUCCUAGCUUGCGGGGAACAUGAGGAAUCACAUCAGCCAAAUAAUUCACCGAGCGAAAUACUCAAAUGCCACUGGAAAGGCUGCCGGUAUACUGGGACUUUUGGCCGAAAGGCUGAACUGAAGCGCCAUGUCGAGACACAGCACAUCUUCCCAAAGGCCUACAAAUGCCCAAAAUGUGGCCGACCGUGUAACAGGGAUGACAACCUGAACGGACAUUUGCGCAGAGUUCACAAGUCAGACGUCCAAGUUACGCAGAUGUGA